GAUUGACAGAUGUUAAGGAAACGCGCCGCCCAAGAAACCUUCUUAUAUACGCCGUCUCCUUCCUACUGUGCAGGUCAUGAUUCAACGCCGACCAGAAUCUUCCAAAACUCUCCCCUGAACUAACCCAAGAUCUUCCAAAUCCAUCUAAGGAUCGUCAAGCGCAAUGGAGGAAGAGAAAUCCCAGCCUCCCGAUCUCCAGCCCGAGCCAACUGAGCAAGCUGAAGCCACCCCUGGCGCCGCCGCCGUCGCCGCCGAUGCUCCCGUCUACGACAAGUACGUGGAUGAGCAGGAGGAGGCGGAGGUCGAGGCGGAUCGGCAGGUCAUCGACGCCGCCAUCGCGGCCCCCGUGAAGGAGGAGGAGGAGGCGGAUCGGCAGAACCGCGCCGCCGCCGUUGCGGCCGACGAGGAGAUGGCGCACCGCCUGUACAUGCAGGAGCUCAUGGAGAUGGAGGAGUGGCAGCUACGCGACUUCAGCCGCCCCUCCCUCCAGGCCGCCCUAAACAUGCCGCUCGGCGACUUCCCCUCCUCCUCCUCCUCCCGUGCCGGCGUCCGCGCCAACACCACCGCGCGCGGAAGGUUCUGGGCCGGCACCCCACCCUACGCCGCCCUGAGCCCCGAGGCCCCCGUCGGCCAGCACUCGCUCUAUGUGAGAACGGGAGGAGCCGUCGAGAGCGUUCAGGAGGCGGGGAGCGGGGUCGUCUCCUUCGGCGACGAGUGGAUUCCGGAGGUCGUCGAGGCUAUGGCGGGUGACGAAAUCCGGGAGAUGCUCGCUACUAUGGCGAGCGAAAGCAAUGGCGGCCUCGCCUCAUCGCUGGCGGGGAUUCCGGGCGGGCUCGAAGCUCUGUCGGAUGACGAAAUCCGGGAGAUGCUCGCUACCGCGCUGAGGGAAAGCAAUCGCAGCAUCGCCUCAUCGCUGGCGAGGCACGAGGCGGGGAGCGAGGACCAGGACGUCCUCCUGGCGGCCAACCGCGGCGCUGGCACAGGCGCCACCUCUGGACUGAAGAGGCCCGGUCCCCGCGAUUUCGCUACUACUCCGGCGAGGCAGACCGUCCUCUCCGAAGACGCCGGCGGCUCCUCGUCGACCCAGACCGUUCCGGGGGACGGAAAAGAAGCCUCUGCUGAAGCAGGCGAGACCCCGCCGCCCGCCAGCGUCGUCCGGUCGGCACGGCGCUGCGCCACCCCCCGACUGCCAAGGCCGACCGCCCCUGCCAACGACGGGCCCGUUUGCACCAAGCGACGGGCCCUCCUCGCCGACGCCGACUCGGCGUUCAUCUUCGCCGGCAUGGAAGAAGGGCACAACAACCGCUGGUACGAGUCCAUGGUCGCCGCCGCCGCCGACGACGACGACGAGCAGCAGGUGGAGGAGAUGCAGGGCCUCAACGAAUCGUUGGAGCAAUGCAUCCCGCGAUUUGAACCCUGCAACCCCGCCGUCGCCACUGUCGGUCAAGGAGCGGAAUUCUCGCUCCCGAACUUCUGCCAGAGGUGGGGCGUCACCCCGUCCGAAGUGGAGCCCGACGAGCCAGGCCCGUCGACGAGGGCGCCCAAGGUGCCCCCUCUCGCCGACGACGAAGUCCCCGCCUUCGACUGCGGCAUCUGCAUGGACACCCUCCCCGUCUUCGACCUCUUCCCCGGGAUCACCUGCAAGCACAAGUUCUGCGCGCCGUGCAUGACCACGUACGUGGAGGGAAGGAUCCGCUCCAGCGAGCUGCCCAUCCCGUGCCCCGACCCGACGUGCAGGAAAGGCAAUGAUGAUGACGGCGCCGGCGGCCGCCGCAGCGAGCUCCACCCGGAGAAGGUCAAGAAGGCGAUCGACUACGGGGCGUUCGUCGACUGGGGCGCCCGGCUCACCGAGAGCGCCAUCGCGCCGGGCCGGCGCGCCUACUGCCCCAACAGGCGGUGCGGGAUCCCGCUGGAGACGAGCGGCGACGCGGUGCCGGCCAAGUCGCUGUGCCUGGCGUGCGGAUACGCGCUGUGCGCCACCUGCGGCAUGGAGUGGAGCUCCGACGACGGCGCCGGCCACGGCGAGCACGACUGCGCCAGGGGCCCCGACGCCAUGCUCGUGAGGCAGCUCGCGCGCGAGAGCCGGUGGAAGCGGUGCCCGAGCUGCAAGAUGUACGUCGAGAGGAUCGACGGAUGCAACCAGAUGACAUGCAGGUGCCGCUUCAGGUUCUGCUACCGGUGCGGGAGGCCCAGCUACAUGGGUCAGGUGGGAGCAGCAGGGCUGGAGCCAUGCCGGUGCAACAACGCCGGGCUCGCCUUCGCCAUGGCGCAUCUCCACCAGGCUCACCCCAACCUUGUCGACCAAGCCAUGCAGCUGCCGCCCGUGGACCCCCUGGACCCGCCCCCGGCGCCGGAGGUCGUCCUAAACCAGCAGGCCGUGUGGGACGAGGAUGAGUUAGUGGAGUACAACUGGGAUUAGUCGGUAACAUGCAUGUUGCGCGCGGAAGAUCGAGUAACAUAUGAGCAUGCAUGCCCAACUGUUUUUACUUCUUGUCAAGUGACACUGUCAUUUUCCUGGUUGGAACUGAAAGAAUUUGGAUGUUUGGAUUUGGUUGAGUUUCUCUCAUUUCGCUACUAUACAUUACUCCAAGAGGA